AUGAGACUCUUCGCCACGCCGUCCUCGUCGUCUAGAACGGCGACCGCGCGCGACGUCGACGCUGACCAAAAUUCGCCCGUCCGCAGCGCCCAGCAGCACUUGCAACAGCCUCUGCUCGACAGACACGCUUCCCAGCUCUCCUAUGGGUCCCUGGUAGACCACCGGCCGUCGAGCGAGCGCCGGGCGCGUUCCCGACGAAGAAAAGCACGGUUACGAACCUCUGUAUAUGCUGACCCUCCUCCCUCGUAUCGACGCGCACUUCUUUCUUAUACGCUCGCUGUCACGAUCCCCAGUACACUCAUUCUCCUUCUACUUGGUCUCCUCAAGAUUUUAGUGUGGCCCCGCACCGUCCAUCCCUCACCCCUUCGCGAGUUUGGUCUCGCGGCGGGUUCCUACGUCGUCUCGUACGCCUUGCGCAUCCCAAUCCUCUACAUUUCAACAUUGUGCAACACAUACUUCAAUUCGUGGACGAUGGCGCUCUCUACGUUUUUGCACGUUUCUGCACAAGAAGCCAUUCGCCUGGCCAUGCUCGUCGUGCUCCAGAUUCACCUCGAACGACCCUCUGAAGAAUCUCUGCUACGAGGUGGAGAUGGGGGUACACCCUUAGACGACUGGGCGCCUCUUCCUGACGUCUGGGACGCGGCGUUUACCCAAGUCUGGUGGCUUGCGCUCGGAUGGGCAACGAUGGACGUGGCAGUUGGUAUCGUCCAGGGGUACGAACAACUCGCACUCUACAGAGAUGCGUGGUCACACCACCAUCAUCGCCCACACCUUCGUCACGAUAGUCAUGGUCCCGUGACCGAUUCGACCUCGUCCCCUUCCCCGCCUCCCCAUGGGAAGCAUCGACGGUCUUCUACAGCAAAUGAGAGGAGAGAGUCUACAUCGGCGGUGGAGGAUGCACACCCAGCACUCAAGAGACCGGCGUCCCAUAUCGUCUAUACCCUUACCCCACAGCAUGUAUCGUCUGCAGAUCUCACGGCAACAUACGAAGGUGCUCAGGAAGGACAAGAAGCAGAGCCACUCCAAGAAUCGACCAUUCUCAUCGCGGCACCCAUGGACCUCGAGGCCGAACUGUCGCAUUUGCUCGUCCGCAAACAACGUGCAGAGCUCGAAGGCGUCUACGGCUCCCCGCUCCCUCGGAUCCCAGUGUUUCUCAUCGCGCUCCAGCGAUUCGACUCGAUUUUGCUCUCAGUGGGCUUGACGCUCCUCGUCUCUGCAGCCUACCUGCGCGCAUUCUACCUCCCAGCAACCACCGUCGUCGACGAUCCAAACCUUUUAAAAGUACUAUUAUCGGCAACCUACCAGCAAGACUGGGCAGUCGACUGGUCUAAAGUCAAGGACACGACGGCCCUCCCGCGGAUUGGCGUGCACACUGCGAGCUAUGUGGGCCUCUUGGUCUCGCUUGCCGUCUUGUUUGCUGGCUUGGGCUGCUGGGGUGCUCUCAUCUGA